AUUGGGUAUAAUGCGGACAGUGAUCAGCUGUGGUUAACGGCUUGACAUUCGUGGCUUUGUAAACAGUUUCUUCCGUUUUUCUUAGCUGUCUUGAAUGUCUCUCCAUCUGCUGAAUCGUAAUGGAGACCGAUUCCAAGUUUGUGCUAGGAAUUGAUUUAGGAACAUCUUCCGUGAAAGUCUGUGUGUACGAUCCCGAAACCGAGCACACCGUCCAGAGCGCAGUGAGCGAAACGAACGCGAAGAUCACGCGGGAGCUGCAGCCUCCGGGCGCGGCGGAGCAAGACGUGACGAAGAUUUUAGAAGCUUGCGAGGCUUGCCUGAGGAGACUGGAUGCAGAUCAUCUCAAGCAGGUACAGUGCAUUGGAAUCGCCGGUCAGAUGCACGGAUGCGUCUGCUGGUCUGGGCAUGAUGGGACAGAACUUAAUCCAGGCCUUAAUCAACUCGAUUGGUUCGACCAGUCGAUCCUCACCAGCCAGCUCGUCACCUGGCAAGACGGUCGAUGCACGCCUGAAUUCAUCGCUACCCUACCCAAGCCAGACUCACACCUUAGGCUUGCUACUGGCCAUGGUUGUGCCACCCUAUUCUGGUUGCAGCAGAACUCGCCUCAGAUUGUGGAGAGAUUUGAGCAUGCUGGAACAGUGAUGGAUCUGCUGGUUGCCAUGUUGUGCAACCUUACUGCCACCGUCAUGUCUGUCCAAAAUGCAGCCAGUUGGGGUUAUUUCAAUGUCACAGAAAAACAAUGGAAUCAGGAAAUACUGUCAUCAGCUGGUUUCCCUGUCCAUCUGUUGCCUAAGGUCGUUGACCCUGGAUCCAUUGUGGGCAAGUUGUGUUCGUCUUGGUGUGGCAUCCCAGCUGGCUGUGAGGUUGGAGUUGCUAUGGGGGAUCUACCAUGCUCUGUUCUACCAUCACUUGAAUGGCAAACUGAUGCAGUUGUGAACAUCAGUACGUCAGCGCAGCUUGUCACCAGCACGCCGCCUGCCUUCAACCCACCGAAAUCCACUCCUAGCUCGACGGUCGAAUAUUUCCCCUACUUCAGAGGUCAGUAUCUUGCUGUAGCUGCGGCGCUGACCGGCGGUAACGUCUUGGAACAUUUCGUCUCGACAAUGCAGGAGUGGGCAAGAGAGCUUGGCUUACAGAUUUCAAAGGAUGAGGCUUAUGAAAAGAUGAUUGAGAAAGGGCUAGGAGUGGAAGAGACUGAUCUUUGGAUCGUCCCAACUUUAUUCGGGGAGAGACACAUUCCAUCUCAGAGGGCUAGCAUUCUGAAUCUGACAAUGGCAAACGCGAGCCUUGGAGAUACAACACGCGCUCUGUGUCAGGGGGUUAUCCAAAAUCUCCACGAUAUGAUGUCCAAGAAAGAUCUCUUCGACCGAGGCAUUAAGAGGAUCAUCGGAUGCGGGAGCGCGCUGCUGCGAAACAAAGUCUUGAUGCAGGAACUGGAGAGGGCAUUCCAACUACCGGUAGACUACAAGAAAGGGGGUGACGCGGCAGAAGGUGCGGCUGUGGCUAUGGCCAUGUUAGUAAAGCAACAGACAGAAAAGCCAUAACUUGGGACUUACAGAAAAUUCACAAUGUGGCUGUAGGCUGCAAUGAACUCCAUCUUACAAUGAUUAUUGAAGAUGAGUUGCCGAGGAAGGUGAACAAAAUUAA